AUGAAAGUUUACCUUGCGGCCAUCCACAACAGCCACAGAGAGGCCGGGCUGCUUAACCCCACCGCCGACGACUUGGUCGUGCGCGCGGUGAGCGGUUUCAAACGGCUGAACAGCCCGAAGCCUGACCGGCGUCUACCCAUUACAUUGGACCUCAUGCGCACAUUGAAGACUCGGCUGAAAGCACACAACGACGAGGACGAAGCUGCCAUGCUCUGGAGCGCCUUCUGCACGGCGUUCUUCGGAUUUCUGCGCAUAAGCGAGAUCAUCUCGAAGUCGCAACACACUUACGACCGCGCAUCCACCCUGCUCCUACGUGACGUGAGCAUAUCCGACGACGCAGCGGUUAUAACGCUGAAACGGACAAAAACCGAUCAGAACGCUGAGGGCUCCAAGAUAACGCUGACGGCCACGAAUCGUUCGGUCUGCCCAGUGCGCGCCAUUAAGACGUACUACCGCUACCGUGCCGAACAGGGACACCCCAUGUAUCCGUUCUUUCGAUACCGAAAUGGUGAUUACCUCACCCGCGGAGCCGUAAACCGGUUUUUAAAAUUACUGCUGAAAGAUCACCCGGAUUGCGCGCGGCUUAGCACGCACAGCUUCCGCAUCGGAGCCGCUACGGAAGCCGCAGAACAACAACUCCCAAAAGAGGAAAUCCAGCGCGCCGGGAGAUGGAAGAGCAACUGCGUGGAGCGGUACAUCCGGCCCCGCACACUCACCGGACCUGACCUCUACAGACGAGCAACUUGUUUGGGGGCGAAGAAACCGGGCACCGGCGGAGGGUGCCGGCAGUGA